AUGUCGUCCGACAUCGUUUGGCAAACAAUCCGCAACAACUCGGCAUUCUUGAAGACGCGACGAAACGUUCCAAAGCGCUUCUCGACUGAACGCUUCAACUUGAUGGCCGUCAACUCGCAACGUUACAACGGAUUGGUCAACAGGAAAGGAGUGCACAUUCAGCUUUCAAAGGAUGGAAAGAAGGUUGACGUCUUGACGAAAAUCGCAAAGAACGAGCACCUUCCACAAAAAUCGACGCGGACUGUGAGCAUUUUGAGCAAGAAUUGCCGAAGAGCAAGAAACGGAGUCGCCAGCCUGGUCAAGACUUACAAGAAGCGCGAUAUCAUGCCUGCUCAACGUUUCAUCUCGCAGUUGCUUCGAGGAACUCCAAAAGCGAAAAAG